UCCUCCACCACAGGGUAGGCAGAAGGAGGGAGGUUGAGUUUUUGAGGGAAAAGUCUCGUCGUUUGCGCGUCGUCAGUCACUGAGAGAAACUGGAGGAAAGCAAAGUGGGACAAUUCGUCGGAAAAGAGCGUCGUGGAGCUCGGAAAGCUCCGGAGGGAAAAGAAAAGACAAGACAAGACACCAUGUGGGGAAAAAUGCGUUGGAGAUAUUUGGUUUUGGUUUAAAACAAGCAAACAAACAAACACCACGAACGAGUGUGUUUGCGUCGAAGAACUUGGCGUGUGACAAGUCCAAAGCCUGGGAAAGGAAGGACGACUCUGAGGAGAAAAACCACACCGGAUUAUAUCCACUUUUCAAGUGUGUAAACUUCAACCAAGCUCCAGUAUACACGGAUAACAUUCAUUUAUGUUUGUUUAGACGCUUUGUGGCUGCAUUUUGACUGAAAUAAGGGUCCCCCCCCCUCGUUUUGAGAGAAAGAAAAGGAUUUCUAGGCUGAGUUUGGUGGAGAGAGAGAGAGAGAGUAGAAAAGGAGCAGAAAGGCGGCUGGAAGAUGAGUGGAGGGGAUGUGGUGUGCUCGGGCUGGCUCAGAAAGUCUCCACCGGAAAAAAAGUUGCGCCGUUAUGCAUGGAAGAAGCGGUGGUUCGUUCUGCGCAGUGGACGACUGACGGGAGACCCGGACGUGCUGGAGUACUACAAAAAUGACCACGUGAAGAAGCCCAUCCGAGUGAUUGACCUGAACCUGUGCGAGCAGGUGGACGCUGGGCUCAGCUUCAACAAGAAGGAGCUCGAGCACAGCUUCAUCUUCGACAUCAAGACCAUCGACCGAGUCUUCUACCUGGUGGCUGACACUGAGGAGGAGAUGAACAAGUGGGUGCGCUGCAUCUGCGACAUCUGUGGCUUCAACCCCACCGACACAGAUGACUCGGCGAAGGCGUCUCAGCAGGCUACGGUGGCUGGAGGUUUGGUGGUGGAUGUACCUCCUCGAUCUGGGCUGAUGGGAUCCUCCACACUGCCCAACGUGCCCCCUCCGUACCAGCCGGUCAACGUUGGACACCUGGACUCCUCCUCCAGCCUCGAUGACACACAGGACUACCUACUGCUGCUCCACUGUGAGAGCAAGAAACCCGAGCCCAGCAGACACGACUGCUCCAAGUCUACCUCCUCGGAGCCAGACUGCAACGAUAACCUCCCGUCUCACCGCACACCCACGUCCUCGACCUCCACAGCCAAGCAUGCAUCGGUCAACGGCUUCUUCUCUUCCCAACAUGCCCCGCUGUAUGACUCGCCUCCAGCGCGUGGGGCCAGUGUGUCAGUCGAGGCACAGGCUCUGUACCAGCUUCCCCGCAGCCGGUCUCAGGACACGGUGCUGCUUCCCAAAAGCGCAUCCUUGUCAGGCACCGACUCGGACGCUGCCGACGUCUACGUCUUCAACACGCCCGCGCGAAAGCCUUCGUUUGAGGCUCAGCUCAGGAACAUGUCUGUCAGCUACGACAUCCCGCCCACGCCUGGCAGCAACUGCACCUAUCAGGUGCCCCGUACGGCCGGCGGCGCGGAGGCCUCGGCGUCAGACGUAGUGCCGCCGCCUCGGCCGCCCAAGCCCUUAACGGGGCCAGCAGCUGAUCGCUCGCCCACGGACACUUACGUCGUACCUAGGUCAGUGUCAGAAACGGACUCGAACUACUGUGUGCCUUCAGGGCCGGGAGGAGGCAAAACUCUACGGAGCAACACCAUUGGCCCUGUCGAUUCCUCACGCCUGCGCAAAGAUUAUGGAUCGCAAGACUGUUAUGAUAUACCCAGAUCUUUCCCUUCCGACAGAAACUGUUCAUUCGAGUUCAACGAACCUUUCAGCAACUAUUUGAAAAAUAAAGGCAUGCUGCCUGUAGCGAGCACUUCGACUGAGGAGAUGGACGAAAACUACGUGCCUAUGAGUGCAAAUUCGCCAUCGCAUCAGCAUUCAGGGAGCCUGUCCGAGCUUAUCCAGGAGCCCAACUAUGUGCCUAUGACCCCGGGCACAGUGGAGUUUCCUUCCUUGGGGAAGCAGGUGCCUCCUCCAGCCCAUAUGGGUUUCAGGUCCAGUCCCAAAACACCUCCACGAAGACCAAUGCUCAUCACUGACUGCCAGCCGCCACCUGUUGACCGAAACCUCAAACCUGACCGCAAAGGUCAGAGUCCUAAAAUAAUCAGAGCUAAUCGGCCUGUCGGUCUUGAGCGAACCGACUCUCAAACCAUAGGUGAUUUCUCAAGACGUCGUAAGGCCAAGCCCGCCCCUUUGGACAUCAAACCAGUCCCUGAGUGUGAGGAAUUCAUUACACCGGUGCGCUCGCCCAUCACAAAGUCCUUCACUCGGGAUCCCUCCAGGUUCCAUACGGUUCCCAGGCCACCUUCGGUGCAUAGCACCGCCUCCAGCACCGACUCCGAGGAGGGUGAUGAGCAUUAUGUCCCCAUGCAGUAUUCUAAUAUGGCUGCUGAUGAACCAAAGUUAGGACAACCCAUGAAUGCCAAGGUCGAGUAUCUGGACUUGGAUCUGGACUCUGGCAAAUCCCCUCGAAAGAGCAACGGGGCAGGCGUGGCAGUGUCAGACGAGCGGGUUGAUUACGUGGUGGUGGACCAGGAGCGCACUCGGGCCCUAAAAAGCACCCGGGAGGCCUGGAGCGAUGGCCGGCAGUCCACCGAAAACGACACCCCCUCCAAAGGGCCAAAGUGAGCACUCUGCCCUUCCCUCUGAUCCCUCUUCUGGGCUGGAGACAGGGUGCGGUGCAGGAGUAGAUGACGCGCCUCCAUCUGCCCUGACUAUAAAUCUAGAUUAUACUGUGAGAGAGAAGCCCGUUCAGUUCCCACAUCAGCUGGUUUACACUGCCACCUGGCUGAGGGAAAGGCAACUAUGUGGAGGAGAGCUGGGCUUCCAGAGCGCCGUCUAUAAGCUGAGAGACGAUUUCUACUCUACUGUGUGUUGGGGCUGAAGGAACUGCUAACCAUCACUGAUUUAGUGCCCUAUGAAUACGAUGCUAACAGCAGCAAAUAGACUUUCAUUUGUAUCAAGUGGACACUUGCUGCUUCACUUUGGGUUUUUUUUUUUUUGGGGGGGGGAUAGAUUCUCAGCCUGGGUUUUAAUUCCAUCUGUGUGUUCGUUCACGUUUCUGGAGUGGAAUGUUCUCUUUGAGUUUGGUCAACAUUUCUGAGUUCACCACCAAACAACUCUGCUUUUCCGGUUCACACAACCGCCAUUGUCGGGUUACAGGAAAGCUUUUUGUUUUGCAGGACGCAUUCACAUUUAUCCAGUUCCAUGAUGAUCUAAAGCUUUGGUACCUCCUGGUCCCCACUCCCCAUUUCUCUUAAUUUUUUUAUUUUUUGGGGUGGGUAGGGUGUUAUCCACUAGAUUAUUUACAAGGUAUUGAGUGGCACAGAAGAGAGGGGAAUUAAAAAAAAAAAACAAAGAAGAAAAGCAUCAGAGUGUCAAUUUGAACUGCUAAACUGACCAUGUAAAUCGUUGUGUAUAUUAAUUAAAAGUGUCCUUUGCAUUGAAUGUGUGGGAUGUAAAGGCUUUGGUGUGGCCUCUGCCGGAUAGAAGUCUGCACCCUCCGAAAGCAGGAUCUGUGUUCAUGGUUUUUGUUUCAGUGCAAGGUAACAAAACUAAAGAGCAGAAGUCAGGUACUCACCAAAAUGAUUAACACAGCAGUUCCUUCCUAAAUUAUUUCUAUAUAUAUAUUUUUUCUUUACUUACACAUGAUGAGUUUGGUCUUGCAGUUCACUCAUUAUCGUACUGCAAUUUGAGCAACCUGUGAUCAAUGUUCUGAUCAGCUUUUUUUGCUGUAUAUGAUGCCUUGUAUGGGGAAAGAAAAGCCAGUCAGGAUGUUUCCGAAGUUGUAUAUUGAUCCUGCAUUCCUUUUGUGACUGGUCCUUUGAUAUAUUUUAUUGCCACUUUGAUAAUUUAUUUCAGAUGGAUUUCCGGAGACUAACUGCCUUAUUACAGACUUUACUGUGUGAAUGUUGUACAUAUGACCGGAUGUGUAAUUUCAGUAUCAAAGUUAGACUAUAUAAACUUUUAUCAUGCGUGUAACAAAUACUUUUACUAACUCCCAAUUUCUUAGGCCAAGGAGACAUGGACAUAGACACCGUCAGUGGCUUUUGCUGUAUAUACGUGCACAAACUUCCUUUUUUAAUUCAACUCUCCAUCUUUACUGUCUGCUUUCUGUUCAGCCUUGUUUUUAAGGUGCAUUAUGUGGCCAGAUAAACCUCAUUUUCUUCAUGCUUUAUAUCUUUUUUUUUUUUUUUUUAAAAAGAAUCAGAAAGAAAUGUACAUUUUAAAAUAAACACCAUUAAAAACAGACAUUCAUUAUAACA